UUUUAAUUGAAGAGGACAAUAAAUAAAAACGCAUAAAUUUUUAUUUUGGCUUUAUAAAUAAAGCAAAAUUUUAAUAAUUUUCUUAUAUUUUUAUGUGAAAAUAUAUUGCAAAUUGUGCGUCUAAUGUGUGUGUUUUCAAAAUAAACCAAAAGCUAAUAUUUUAAGGCGAAAAAUGCUCGAAAAUUCUUAAUAAACAUUUGACAGCCAUCUUGGUAUUUUGUGUAUUUUAUUGGAGGAGGUUUUUGGCAGAAAAGGAUCUAGAAAUUAUUAAGCAAUUAAUAAUUUUAUCAAAUUUAAUACAAAAGUUUUGUAAUAUUUACAAAUGGAUAAAGGUCAACUGCCUGCAGACAAAUUAAUGAACUCUGAAACAAAUGCCGAUGAUGGUUGCAACAAUCGAGAUGACGUAGCUGUGGCAGCUAAAAAGGAAAAAUCAAAUGUUGUGACCAAUGUGAGUGAGACAAUUUCAGCGCCGACAAAUGCCAGCACUCACCCAACCAAAACUACAUUGCGUGGCAAAGAAUCCCUCGAAAAAAAGCAAGAUGUUAUUAAGACUGUACCAGAGGCGGACACUGAGGAACUCUUGGGUUCUGUUACCACCUACAAUUGUCAUGGCACACGCACUAGUGCGCGUGUUAUACAGAAAAUGCGCCAAGAUCAACAGACACGACCGAUAACCCCACCACCCUCAGAACGUGAAGGCGGCCGUAAAGAAGAACGUGCUGCUGCGCAAAAAACACCCUCCCAAGUGCGUGCCAAUCGUCCCACCUGGUCAAAUAUUGAACGUAAUCAUUUCUUUGAUGCUCUCAAUGAAUUUGGCAAAGAUUUCGAGGCUAUUGGCAAUUUUAUUAAUACCAAACUAAAAAGACGCAGUCCCGCCACCGAUGUUUCUUUUAAAUCAAAAGAUCAAGUGCGUCAGCAUUAUUAUCAAACCUAUCAUAAGAUCUGUAAAUAUAUACGAUUUUCAGAGGAGGUUCGUAAACCAGUACAAGAAUUAUAUGCGCUUAUAAACUACGGUGAAAUGCGACGGAAAUUGCAAUUUGUUACCGAUAAACAUUUUAUGAAAUUACGAAAUCUCAUUUAUCAUGGACACAUAUCUGUACGUUGUAAGGGCAAAAAUAUACGCAUUAAAACGCCUUCUUGUAAAGCCUUAAGAAGACUCAAUCAAUUAGAUGACACCCUGGAGGAUAUACGUUUACCUUCCAAAAUUGAGGUGAUUAUAAGUCCCGCUAAUAUGGAGGCCUUUGGACGUGUUCAAACUAUUGCUCAAAAUCCUAGAUGUCGUACCACGGUGCCAUUGCAUAAAAAACUUGUAAAUUUUAUUAAAACCUUCGAACAUAAAUGGCGCAGUAUGGAUGUAAGAAUAGCCGAAGAAGCUAAAAUUAUGGCCACACAAGAAUCCUGUACUGGACAGCAACAAACCACGACAGCUACACAUUUAAACGAUUUGAAUGUGCAGGAUAGUGAAAUGUGUUUUUUACCCAAACCGGGAGUAACCAUACACCGACCUUUACUUAGUAUUACCGAAUACUUAAGUAGCGUUAAUAUAUGUUUAACAGCCUAUGAAGAACGUAUGGGUGUUAAGGUUAAAGGAGAGCAUUUGAAUGCUGAAAGAAAUAAUUUACAGUCUGCCACUUCAAAUAACAACAUAUCCAGUAGUAGUAAUAAACGUUUACGCACUGAAAGUGGCUCUGAAAAACGUUCACCCGAGCAAUUGAAAAGAAUUAAACCUAUAGAUAAUUCUUAUGAAAACCUUAUAGCCACUGUGGAGGAGGCUCAACUCUCAUCAAAUGAAAAUGAUUCCUUUAACAUUGCCAAAAACGAAAGUAGUGGCGAUGAAUUAAGUGAUGAAAUACAUGAAUUACUUUCGGAUUCUAAUGAACUUAAUACCAGUAAAGAAUUUCUAGUUACCACAGAAAAUCUAAACCCACCGCCGCCACCACCACCACCGCAGCCGGCAGUAACAUCUACAACUGCGGUCGUCUCCGAAAUUACAAGUGCAAAUUGUAUGUCACAACUCACAACGGCUGCACGUUCUAGACGUACACUGGCCAACAAACCAUCACGUACAGUAUUUAAACCUCUGCUCAAUGACGAUGUUAUACAACGCAUACGAAGUGGCUGGACCUCUUCGAAUGCUGGUGAUAUAACUAUAGGCGAUUUAUAUGUAGUUUUUGGUCAUGAUUCGAAAUUACAAUUAGACUACUAUUGGAUGCCUCCUAGGCAGCCCUCUAAAAAUGAAUCUCAAAUUAAUGAACUAACCGCUAAUAUAACGAAACAACAUGUUUUAACGAAUACAAAGCAAAUUAAUAAUAAUAAUUGUGCUAAAGAUUGUGAUGAGGGAAAUUUGCAAAAUUCUUUACAAACAUCGGCCUUGAGUAAUAAACUGAAACAACUUUUGUUAAUAGCGAAUUUAAGUGAACGUAUGCGUCGCCGCUCCUGUACAUGUGAUCGAAGUAAUGCUGCUAAGGUUAAGUUUGAAAGAGAUUUAACGGGUCGUACAUUUAUUGCUAAUAAAUCUUAUGCCAAUUGUGGUGUUAAUAGCCCUUCGACUGGUGAAAGCAAUAGUGGUAGCAAUGUUUUCAGACAACCCAUGAUACCGGUGCGUAGGACCUCAAUAGAUCCGGUUAAGCAAUUGACAACGCUAACACGACAAAAAAUGUCACGACAAGUUCUCGUUCAAAGACUUUUGCUACCAAGUAAUGGUAGUGCAAAUGCUACGACUCAAUUGAAUAGCAAUUUAACAACAACAACAACAUUAGCAACAACAACCACACCAAUACCUGUUACCUCUAGCAUCGUUUCAUCAUCAGCCGCAACUGUAACAGCAGCAAUAAAAAGUAAAGAAGUGCCUUGGAAUCAGGCUGACAGAUAUAAACCACAAACAACAACAGCCACAACAAUCACCACUACAACUACAUUAAAUCAAAAUCCCCAACAACCGGAAGCCUGCAAUACAACAUUUUUAAAUUCAUUAAAACUUAAUAAUUACGAAGAAAUGCCCCAAACCUCAACAUCACUUUAUCAGGCACAAUAUAAAGAUUUACUCGAAUCCAGUGAGGACAGAAUCGAUGGUUCACCAACAUCUGGCAUACCUUCGGUAGAUAGUGCUUUUGAUGAAAGCUCUAACAAUAGUUUUUUAAAUGGUUUGACUCCCAUGCAUCUUUUACGGGAAACCUCCUCCAAUUCGAAAUGGCUAGAGGAUAAUAUAAAUGAUUUUUCUUUAACCAGUUUAUUAGGUCAUCUAGAUGAAAUCAAUUCUAGUCGUGAUAUGCUGGAUCCUUCUUCAAACCUAUCGGUUAUAAGCGAAAGUAGUGUGGAUUAUAUGCACAAAUUUCAAGAGUUUAAAGCCUUAUUUCAAAGUGAUGAAAAGGAUUAAUCCUUUAGCGAAUUUAUUAAUUAAUUUCUUUAUUUUUUUAUUCUAAAUUCUCUCAAAUUAACAAUGCAAAAAAAAUUCUUUGGCCAAAAAUGUUAAAAGAACGAAAAAUUAAGUAAAUUUUUUUUCUAAACAGUAAAAUAAAUUCAUUUACAGUUUUUCCACCACUUAAAUGAAAUCUAUUGUGCUCCCUUUUAAUAUAAAUAACUUUGUUCAACAAAAAAAUUAACCAAAACUGUGAAUGCCUCUAAUAUUUUAUUAUUAUAUAGAUUUUUCUUGUAACUUUUUUCUUUCUUGUUGUUGUUUGUUUUCUACUUUUUCCUUGACUUGUCUUUAGCUUUCCUUAAUAUAUAUUUUUUUUCUUUCUUUUAACAAAUUUAAGUAUUAUUAAUUUUAUUAUUAAACAUUAAACUAUUUGGACGUAUUUUCCUUUUAUUAUUUAAGUUUAAGUUUAAAAACAAAACUAUACAUUUCUAAUUUAAGCUUAAUUAUUACUAAUGUAAAUUACAAGAAAAACUAAAUUACACAUAAAAUAGACUGUAGAAACUAUUGUGGAACAAAACAAAAAUACAUCUUUAAAAAUUAAAAAAA